AUGGGCAAAUUCCUGCAUGCAACCGAAGGAGAAAUGGUCUGCGAGUCCGUCAAUGCGAAGAUUCCCUACUUCAACGCCCCCAUCUACCUCGAGAACAAGACUUCGAUAGGAAAGGUGGAUGAGAUCUUGGGACCCAUCAACCAGGUCUAUUUCACCAUCAAACCACAAGAGGGCAUCCAGGCUACAUCGUUCAAGUCCGGAGAUAAAUUCUACAUCGGAGGAGACAAAUUAUUACCGCUGGAAAAGUGA